UAAUAACCUCACACUGCUUUGUUUAUGUUACUUGGGGUAGCUACUCGACUAGCAUUCCUCAAAAUGUCAAAAAUAGAGUUGCUGAGAUUGUUUCUCAACGAAAGAUUGACAGCUGCUGCUGAUGAGAUAUUUGGGACAAUUGAAAAGACAAUUGUAGAGUACCAGGAAGAAGUGUCCCGAACGAAAGAGGAGAACAGCCGUCUACGGGGGAUGUUAAGGUUACAAAAAACAGACCCCCAGCCGCUGACUGUCUCAGACGAGGAUCUUCCCCCUGAGCAGCAGCACUGUGAGCAGCAGUGGAGCCCAAGUCUGGAACAGGAUGGUCCAGAGGCCACACAGAUUAAAAAGGAGCAGGAAGAACUCCGGACCAGUCGGAGGGAAGAGCAACUUCAAUGGCUAGAGUCUGGUACCAAAGACUUCACAUUCAGUCCGUCCUGUUUGAAAAGUAACUAUGAUCCGAUUCAGAACCCAACUCAUUCAUCACAUCUUCACCAAGUACAAAGUGAGGAAAGCAGAGAGAAUCCAACUCAUUCAUCACAUCUUGACCAAAUACAAAGUGAGACAAACAGUGAGAACCCAAGUCAGUCCUCAUACCUUCACCAAAUAGAAAGUGAGGAAGACGGAGAGAACCCAGCAGCUCAGUCCUCAUAUCUUUACCAAAUACAAAGUCAGGAAAACCGAGAGAAGCCAUGGCAAUGCCGUGUUUGUGACAAAUGUUUCAGCAAUAUUCAUCAUCUGAAAGCGCACGUGAGGAGUCACACAGGGGAGAGACCAUAUAAGUGUCCUAUAUGUAGAAAAUGCUUUAUGACAACAAGCGCAUUGAAUAGGCAUCAGACAAUUCACACUGACGGAAAACCGUUUAGGUGUAAUUAUUGUGGCAAAUCCUUCAAAUGGAUGAACUCCCUUGGAAGGCACAUAAGGAUUACCCACGAGAGGGAGAAUAUAUGACAGCACCUUGUGUGGGGAAAGGGCAACAGCUGUUAUGAAAAAGUGACAUCCUGAUUCUUUUUAUAUUCUAUUGCCAUAUAAUAUUAUAAUAUGCCAUAUGCUAUUGCCAUAUAAUUACACUAUAACAAAAUAGAACACUAUGUUAUGGUUAAUUAUAGGAUAUCUAUGGCUAUUUUGUGUGUGUUGUCUUUUACAUGUUUGUAACCACUUUCCCAGGGACUGCAGAUGGAAAUAUGUCUUGAUCAAUGUGUGUUGUCUUUGUCAAAUAAAUCAAAUAAGGUCAAGAUUUCAGAGGCGUAUCUUGCUGUGCAUAAAGAUUGUUUUUUUUGUUCAUAUGUUAUAAUGUCAUGUCACAUCUGUUUUGACCAUUUCCUCCAGUGUUCAAGAGCCAAAACAUUUUCCAUAUGCUUACAUUACUGUACUUUUUUUUAUACCUCUGAUCUUUGUAAUGUGCACACCUGAUGGCAAAAAAAUAAAUAAUCAACACACCAAA